AUGUCCACUAAUAAUUCCACCUCUUCCUCGGUCAAACAUCAAAAGAAGCCUUCUACUUCUCCGAAUAACAUCAAUAAGCUCGCAUUGAAUGCUCAUUUCCUUUGGUUUGUGGGCCAUUUUCUAACAUUUGGUUGUACUGCACUUCAUUCGAUCGUUUCUAUAUUUAGACCGUUCUCACCAACGGCUCAAAAAUAUUACUCGCUAACUAUAUACUCCGUGAUCCUAUCAUAUUCCAUCGUGCUUUUCAAAACUUACUCACUAAACACUUUAGCGAAAACUCUAUUCUCCAACCCUUUUGCCAUUUUGAAAAAUAGUAAUGCUUUAUAUUUAUUUCUCUCCGGGCUUUUCUUGGCCAACCACGGGAUCAUUUUUGAAAAAAUCCAGCUAUCAUUGUAUUCAUUUGCAAUCUAUUCACUUUUCCAUUCCAUCAAUUACUUGAACCAAUCCAUUUUAUCUAGUACCGCCAACAAACCUUACCAAACUCUCAAAUCCAAACUCAGCCAAUUUUCCAAACAAUAUUAUGAACCAUCUCUUUACAUGGCCGCCAAUUGUGAAUUAUUUGUCAUGAUCCAUCUAAUAUUCACUGACUUGAAGAAUUUAUUGAUGAUUUUCCAAACAAAUCCACUCACCAAUAUCAGAAUCCUCUGCAUAACAAUUCUUUAUCUAGUAUUUCUCAAGUUGCGAUAUGAUGAUAGCCAUCACAUGAAAGCAGUAGUACAGAGUUAUGAUCUUAGAAUCAAUCAAUUCUUGUACUCCAACCAAAGGAUUCCCCAAGCAGUGACCAACAUCUGGUUUAAAUUCCGGACCCUCAUUGGUGCUUACGUUGCUCCAAUUAGAAUUGAAGCUAGACAUCGGUGA